UUUUGCUUUCAUCCCAACCAUUUUUUGUUCGGAAUCCUUGUCAAAAAAUGAGUUUCCAGCAUUUCAGGCUCGGGCAACUGGCCAUGUCCCAGCCUUUGCCUCCACAUUUGCAACAGAAUCAGCAGCAAUCUUAUUCACAAAAUCCCCCAUCGUCCACUUCUACGCCCGCAGCGCCCUCUAGCCUUGCCACCCCAGCGCCCCCAAAGUCGACCACUGCGAGGUCACCUUACGGGUGUGGCGACAGUGACGAUGGCUACACUCUUAUAUUUCCAAACCUCGCUGCUUUCCAGGAAUGGAGGGUUCAUGAGGAAGAAACACAAAUGGUUGAAUUCGUGAAGGGCGAUACUCAUGGCAGCAAGGCAGUUCCUCCCCGUUUCAAGGACCACACCAAACUAGUUUGCGCUCGGCAUUCAAGGAGUGGUCGCAAGAAGUAUGUGAAGAAACACCCAGAGCGCGUUCGCAAGGUGCCCAGCAGGAAGCUUGACGGGCAGGGGUGUCUGGCAUCUAUUAGCUACAAGACCUAUUAUGACACCGAUGAGGUUCGAGUGUGUUACAUUGCUGAGCACUCACAUCCUAUUGGGCUGGCAAACUUGCCCUUCACCCGUCGCGGCAGGCGACAAACAGUGCUAGCCGAGAAGGAGGAGUCGAAGCGCACCCUACAAGCUGCGUCUGCAGCCCCCGCUCCCACGCAGCAGGAGGGCUCCUCUACUUCGUCUCAAACACAGGUCCAAAGUUAUCCUUCAAACCCUCCACUCACCCAUCUGCCCCAUCCGUUCCCCGCUUUCCCCGGACCUCCGACAAUGGGAUAUCCUCACAUCGGUCCUCCUCAGGGUUCACCAUCUCAGCAAGAACUGUGGGAUCGCAUGAGCAUUUUAUUUAAUUCCAUUCGUGAACAUGCUCGAGCGUUCGAUUACCCAGGGCCUACUGUUGUUGCUCUUGAAAGCGUUCUUAUCCGACUGUACUUGGAAAGCCCGAUGGGCGUUGUAGGGGGGCCAGGCUUUGGAGUUCUUGGCCCAAGUAUGCACGGAGGCGCGAUGGCCCCUCAUCAGCAUCAGCAGCCCCAACAAUCCCAUCAGGAUGUUCGUCAACACCAACAGCAAAUGAACGGCGCAUCACCUCAAAAUGGUGAACAAGUGGUAAAUAAUGAAAUGGAUAGCGGUAUAGAAAGUGGUUGACAACCCAGAUUUUGGUUUUCUUGUUUAUCACCGCCAUUUUGAAGAUUCGUCCUUGCAAACUGUACUGUAACAUAGGUCAAUGUCUAGUGGAUUCUUCCAUGCGUUUACUUCCUCGGGACAGUAUCGCACAUGUACCAAACACUCCUUUUAAUGCAGUAUAAUUCAUCCUA